AUGCGCGAGGCCGUCGUCGAGGCGCCCAGGCUGGUCCGCGCGCAGCCGGCUAAGCCGCCGAGGGACGACCCAACGACGACUCGACCACCUAGUGCUAGUGGUCCUCUGCUGACCCGCGUCUUCCUUGGCAACCGGCCGGAACCGGAACUCGACCAACGCCAACCGCCAGGACCGCCUGUGACGUCACGGCUUCAGGGCCGACGCCCGGCUAAGCGGGUCGGUCCUGGGGGGACUCGGCGGGCAGGGCCUCCCCGGGACGUGCCCGAGCAGUUCCCCAUCCCUGCCAAGACUGAGCGACAAGGCGGGAUAGUGCCCUACAGGGACGAUUCUCAGUACCCAGCGAGCCCCCCCCCCCCGCCGCCCCCGGGCCAAGCUGCAGGACUGGGCCCGCAAAACUCUCUGGAGCCCGUCCCGACGGGGCGGGUGGAGCGCCGUCGCGAGGCGGGGGGCACCCGCGGGACCAGCUGUGGGUGGGCGCUGGCCGGGCAGGCCGGGCGUCGGCCCGGGUGUCGGGGCCCGCUGCGCCCUGAGGUCCUUCGCUCCCCCAGUCUCUCCACCGCCAGCCCACACCGCUGCGGUCGGUCUCGGCGGUUUCUGAUCGGGCGGGGGAGGUGGCGGGAAUCGGCUGGAACUUCGAAUUUGAAAACCGCGAGGCCCCGGCCCCGAAAUCGAAACUUGCCGGCGGGGCCCAAACGGGGCGCGCGAGGCGCGGCGGGGCGGAAGCGCGGGCUCGGGGCCUGCUCGCCGCCUCCCCGGGCCCGGGCCGGGGCCAGCGCCCGCCCGCCCCACUCGCCGCGUCCUCCCGGGCGCCGCAGGAGGCCUCGGUCCUCUAGCUCGGCCGCCCCGGGCCCGGCCUCCGGCACGCGCUCCCCCGGGGCCCCGGCGGAGCUCCCGGCGCGGGGGGCGGCCGCCCCGCCGCCACCGGCCACCCGCGGCCGGACCGACGUUCCGCAGGGCCCAGCGGCCGCCUCGCGCUCCGGGACGCUUCCCGAGAGCGCCCCGAAGGUGGGGGAGGGGCGGCAGGCCCCGGACUCCCCCGGCCCGGAAGACGACGUGGGAGCGUGCCCCGCGGCCCACCCGCCGCCGCCCCCGGCCCUUAGGGCGCGGGCCGGCCCCUAG